GAGUGAAACAUUUCCAGCUUUCAUAUCUCAUAAGAGGUUGUUUGGACCCAGCUCCCUAACUCUCUCUCUCUCUCUCUCUCUCUCACUCUCUCUCUCUCUGUCUCUCUCUCUCUCUAAAACACUCGCCAGGUGACAUGAGCGGAGAAGGCAGCGUGUCCGCUUCACAUCACAAGCCUCAAAGCCUCGGGAGGAUGUCUGAAGGAAACGUGAUAACGCUGCCCAGCGCCUCACUGGACUUGUCCACACAUGAGCGUCGCACUCUCACUCGGCUUCACUGCCUCAAUGGAGGUUACCAGCUGAGGAUUCUGCCUGAUGGGAUUGUCAACGGUGGCAUGGUGGACAAUGACCCCUAUGACAUCCUGAGGUUGCAGACUACAAACGUGGGCGUGGUCGUGGUGACGGGUGAGCACACGGGAAGAUACCUGGCCAUGAACAACAAAGGACGCCUCUAUGGAUCACUGACGUUCAACGAUGAGUGUUGCUUCCUGGAGAAAAACGAGGAGAACCACUACAACACGUAUCAGUCGCAGAAGUACGAGUGGUACGUGGCGCUCAAGAAGAACGGAAAACCCAAACUGGGUCCCAAGGCGCAGGCGUGGGAGAAGGCCGUCUUCUUCCUGCCGAGGUCGGUGGACACGCGCAUUGGCGCCAGUGAAACCGAACGUCAGGAUCAACCAGAUUGUGUUUGUGUUUACUGUUAAGAACACUAACUGUUCCCAGCAUCAUCUAUCAGCUAGCUACUGAAGCGGGUAAACACAAACCGAUUUUUAACAUCUCCACACAUCAGGUGGAAAAAAACAAUAUCUCCACCGAUAAUGGAAAGAUCAUUUUUCACACACCGCUCAGUAUAAUCCUUGGAGACAUCUAAUAAUCUGUGUUGACUUUGAUAGGAAAGGGGGGGGGGGUAUGGGUCUGUGUUUACUCCGCUUUAGAAUAACCCUUUAUUCACAAUGCCAUUGGAAUUCUAUUAACAUUAUGCUAUUUGUAAUGUAACUUUCUCACUGUCAAAAUUGUCCACGAAGGGAAGGAAAAAAUAUUGCAGUGGUAUCGUAUUGCACUCUUUUACAAUACAGUAUCGAUUGAUACACAAGCAUUAAAUAUUGAUAAUAUGGCUAUCCCUUGACAGUUUUGACACUUUUUCCAUUGAUUUUACAUUUUAAUCAUAUGAUACCAUUACUUUUAAAUGAUAAUACUAUUGCACUUUUGACAUUGUUUACUACAGUAUUUUUUUUCUAUUUUUAUGAAUUUCAGCACAAGAGAGAGUUACUAUGGAGAAUCUAAAUGUGAAUUAAUUAUUUUAUUUUGGGAAGUCUGAGAUGGUUCCAUGCAAAUAUAAAUAAAUCACGAAAUUUAAAGAUAGAGCCCAAUAGCCCCUUACAAAUGUGACAUUUACUGCCACUAAAAAAAGCUACAUUUUCGUAGUCAUUAUUGAUAUAUUAUUUGUGACACAUUGUUCAUUUUAAUAGUUGUAUUGUCACUGAACAUUGCUCCUGAAAAUGAUUUAUACUAACACAAUGUGAUCACCUUUUUGUAAAGUAAGAUACUGUACAGUUGUGUGUUUAAAUAAAUGCAUUACACUUGCAUGUAUUAUAUUGUCAGUGUCCAAUGAAAAGUAUGUACACUAUCUUCAAAUUUAGUUUUUUUGUUCGUUUUAACUGAAACAAAAUAUUUGUGACAAAAAAAAUGCAAAAUGUGGAGGAAUAUACUUUUUAUUUGACAGUUGACAAUAUAAUAGAGCCUUGUCUAUAGUCUAGUGUAUCCUGUACCUUUGUUCUCUAUUUUAUUUCAUGUCAACUGUAACUUUACUGUAACUGUACUGAAACUCAAAUGUGGUUUUUAUUUGGUUUUGGGUGAUGGCAAGGCUGAGAUGGAUCUGUGCAAAAUAAUUAAAACAAAUAGUUAAGCUA